AUGCCACUUACAAUUCGUCUACUUACCAUGGUCGGAACGCGACAAAAGAAGAAAAAUCAAUAUUUGACAGACAUCAAACUCGAAGGGUUCUUUCAAGAGUUCUUAUUUGGCUAUCGAGAACAGCGUUACUCAUUUACAUUUACAUUUCUCUCACUCACCUCCGCUAAAGAGGAAAACAAUUCCAUGAACUCGUCAGUACAUUAUUCUUUGUGUGUGUGCGUAUUUAUGGCUCCAAGUCGCUGGGGCAAAAAUAAAAAAAGUUGGUACGGCUGUCAAUCAAUCAUGCACGUUUUAGCUUUAAAACCGGACGCUACAUUGUAUUGUGUGCGACAGAUGAAUAAAAGAAAAAUUGACGAAUCUUAG